AUGAAAUUAAUUUUUCCAGGACUUUGUCCAGACGGCGCUACGCCAAUCGGCGCAUGCAUCAAUGGACUCUGUCCGACGGGUUACACAUGUGUGAUGGGGCAGUGCUGUCCAGGCGCCACCAAUGCAACUUUCCGUUGCUCCAAUCUUAAUUAUGUACUCGGACCCUGUGUCGGCAAUCAGUGUCCGGACGCUGGCUUCGAAUGUGAUACUUCGAUCAACUCUUGCUGUCCAAAGAACGACCCUGUUGGGCCGUGCAUCGAACCAGGAAAUCAGUGUCCGGCUGGCUACAAGUGUUUCACAGAAGGUAGCACUCCACUCUGCUACAAAGAGUGUGACGGCCGUGGUACCAAAGUUGGUGACCCAGUUAAUGGCGUAUGUCCCAGCGGACAGGAGAUGAUUUUUGGUGACUGUUGCUCAGUGACCGCAAGAUUUUAUAAUGCCCGACCGACAUCUUUCCUUUCCGAUCGGCAUGUUGAUUACUUUUUGCCUGCUGUUCGUUCAUCAGGAGUGGGGAUGUGCCCAGAUGGCACUGGAGCUGUAAGCGCAUGUUUGAACGGUCUCUGUGGGCACAACUAUCAAUGCUACAAUAAUCUGUGCUGCCCGGCGCAGUUCACGAAUGUGCUAAUGCCGUUAUAUGCACCGUCAGGUAAUAGGUUGUAAAA